AUGUCUUGGUACAAGCAAAGGCCAGGAGAAAACCCUGUACUUAUGGUCAUAGUAAAGGGAGGUUUAGGACCUGAAUUUCAGCAAGGGUUUAACAAAUCAAGCUACUGCAUAGAGAAGGACAACAGGGUCUUCCACCUGACCAUUAAGAAGACUACUUCCCUUGAUGAGGCAUAUUACUUCUGUGCGAUGUCUGAAUACGUCAAAUCUGUCUUUGGGAAUGGGACUUUUCUUCUAUUGAGAGAUCAGAGACUUGACUUAGCAGUGCAGAUCCAAACCUCAGUAUCAGACCCAGGGAACCAUGCCAGUGACCCAACGACCCUAGACUGCACAGUCCUGAGUGAGAUGAGAACCGAAGAGCUCAGUGUGUUCUGGUUCAGACCCACUUCAGGCAAUUCCCGUCCAUUGAGCAUUUACAUGGAGAAGAACUGCAGCAGUGCAGCUGAGUCCAAACCUCACACUCAGAGCUGUGUCUACAGACUCCCUGUGGAACACUCAUCUGGUUCUGGAACAUUCUACUGUGCCGUGGCCUCUCAUGGACAAUUACUGUUUGGAAAUGGAGUGACACUGGACGAUAAAGACAGAGCAGAUGGAUAUCCAGUUGCACUGUCUGCCAUCAUUCUGUCUGGAGCUCUGGCUGUGGUGUUUGUGUUGGCAGCUCUCCUUUACUCUGUAAACAUCGGAAUUUGCUGUGACACUGAUGACAACGGUUUUGACAAAAUGCCAAUGAUUCCAAAUGAAUAUGACUUCACAUGUGUCAUCUACAUGAGGACCUAG